AUGUCCUCUGCUCAAGAUUACGCCACCAAGAUCUCAAUCGAUAGAUUCGAUCGAGACAACUACGCGACUUGGAGCCGCUACAUGCGUGGCGUGUUCCUGACCAAGUCGACGUGGCACGUGGUCAACCGGGAGACCACCCCCACCUUCGCCGAUCCUCGCGCCAGUGAUGAGUACGUCAAGACCAACAACAUUGCGUUCGGCUUUAUGUUACUUCACAUGAGCGCGGACUAUCAUCAGGUGGUUGAUGACUGCGACGAGGCAUGGGUUGCGUGGACACGGUUGAAGACUCUCUACGGCGGAUCGCAGAAGGCGGGACGGAUCUUCUAUAAGUGA